AGUCAAGAGUGGAUUUUGUGGAUUAGCUGGGACCACUCAUCGAACCAUUACAUCACCAUGAAGUUCUACGUGGGAUUGGCGGCGAUCUUAGUGAUUUCCCUGGCCAAACCAGGAGAGGCGACCUUUGGCAAGCUGAAUCUUCUGCUGGGCGGAGCCACCACCUCGGGCUACGGAUCCGGAUAUGGCUAUGGCUCCGGCUAUGGCACUGGCUACGGCUACGGAUCGGGAUACGGCGCAGGCUAUGGUACUGGCUAUGGUUCCGGCUAUGGAUAUGCGCCCGAGAACGUGGUGAAGGUCAUCAAGGUGUCGGUGGUGCCGGGCGGCGGUGGUUAUGGCGGUGGUUAUGGCGGUGGCUAUGGCGGUGGCUACGGCGGUGGCUACUCCGGUGGAUUUGUGGGUGCUGCUCCUGCCAUUUCCACAUCCGCCGUGGUCACCCCGGUGGUCACCUCCGUUUCCACUCCGGUGGCUGCUCCCGUUUUGGCCGGUGGUGCCGGCUAUGUGGGUGGCUUCGGCGGUGGCCUCGCCGGCGGAUUGGGUGGCUAUGGCGGCUCCUUUGGCGGUGGUGCCGCCCUUCCCGCCUCCUACGGAUUCGGAGCGGGCUAUGGCGCUGGCGGUGGCUUUGGACUGGGAUUCGGAGCACCAGUGCCACCGCCACUGGGUCUCGCCGGUGGACUUUGCUAGAGAACGGGAGAACCACUCGAGGA